UUAUUUAGUCGCCUUUUAAAUAAAUCAAGCUCAAAGUUUGAUUUAGUUAAAAUGUCUAUUAAAGCAGUUCCUAUCACAGAUUCUCGUAGUCAAUACGAAAUUGAUCGAAAUUUCACUAAAUUUUAUUUGAAUUAUGUACCAAAAACUCCUUUAGGGCCUGAUUUUAAGCCCAAUUAUUGCGUUUUGCCGGCAAAGUAUGCGGAAGUUCAUGAAAAAGUUAAGAAUUUCAAAGUACGAGGAGAUGACGUGUUUUUGUGCGGGAAUUCGAAGUCAGGAACAACAUGGGCUCAAGAAAUGGUUUGGCUAAUAAAUAAUGACUUGGAUUACGAGAAAGCCAAGAGCAAGAAUUUGCUUUAUGAGAGAUUUCGAUUGUUGGAAGGAGACGCUUUAAAAGCAAACGAAGCAACAAUCCUCGGAGUAACUGAAAGCGACAUCGACGCCUUGAACCAAUCCCCCUCCCCUCGUCACAUCAAAUGUCACUUGCCCGUCGCUUUUCUCCCGGAAAACAUUUGGGAAGUCAAUCCCAAGAUCAUUUAUGUUGUUCGAAACCCGAAGGAUGCUGCGAUUUCCUAUUUCCAUCACUUAAAAAAUGUUCGAGGAUUCAAAGGAACUUUAGAAGACUUUCUUGGAUUGUAUCUUUCGGGUCAAAUACUAAUGGGUCCAUAUUUCGAUCAUUUAAUGGGUUUCUGGAAGCUCCGUGAGUUAAAGAACAUUCUUAUCAUCACUUACGAAGACAUGAAACGUGACUUGAGAGAAGUAAUUCACAAAGUAGCAGUAUUUUUAGAUAAAAAAUUGAACGAAAAAGACGUCGAUCGUUUGUUCGAUCAUUUACAAAUUGAUUCGAUGCGCAAAAAUUCGUCUUGUAACUUUGAGGAACGCAUGAAAAAAUCCGCUAUUAACAAGGAUUUCAAUUUUAUUCGUCGAGGCGUUGCUGGAGCGUACAAAGACGAAAUGCCUGAAGAGUGGAUUAAGAAAUUUGACGAAGCGAUUAGCGCUGAAAUGGGUGACUGUCCUCUGUAUCGGUGAAAUUGCGUUCUUAAAAUGACUUUUCUCGUGCGCAUUCGUUUCUUCACAAAAGAUAACAAAAUAAAUAAACAAUUUUUUAUUUUAUCAGAAGAA